GGAGCUUUGAAAGAGCACCUUGAGACUGCCACUGUUUUUAAGGGUACUUCAAAAACUGUCCAAAAUGAGCUCCUGGAUUGUAUGUUGUCUGUUGCAAGGGAGCAAAUAAUUAAAGAAGCUCAAAAGAGUGUUUUUGUAUCAAUCCAGGCAGAUGAGACAACAGAUAUUUCAACACAGACCCAACUUGUGCUUGUACUACGCUACAUUGAUGACAAACACAGUGUGCAGGAAAGAUUUUUUGAGUUCAUUCCUCUGCAGUCAUCUACUUCUGAGUCCAUUGCUACUGCAUUAAAGAGCGUCUUGCUGCCAUCAUUCCUGAGGAUCAGAAAAGCAAGCUAAUCUGCCAGGCAUAUGAUGGAGCCAGUGUGAUGAGGGGUGCCACUGCAGGUGUUCAGAGGAAAAUCAAAGAUGAGUACCCAAAUGCCCACUAUAUCCACUGCUAUGCACACCAACUCAACCUGAUCAUGCAACAGGCCACCUCUCACAUUUCCAAGGUGAGAAUUUUUUUUUCUGACCUGGGUGGAUUUGCCAGCUUUUUUCCCGAUCACCCAAGCAUACAGCUGGUCUUGAUAAAAUGGUGGCCCAUAGACUGCCAACAUCCAGCAAUGUCAGAUGGAACUUUCACAGCCGAGCCAUCAACACUGUGUUUGAGCACAGACAGGAUCUCAUUCAGUGUUUUGAGAACAUACGCGACUCGGGUGACUUUGACCCCAAAACCAUGAGAGAGGCAGGAGGCAUGGCCAUGCUGCUGGAACAUCAGGAUUUUAAGUUCUUUCUGGAACUUUUUCACCACAUCAUGCCACAUGUGGACUUCCUCUAUGCCAAGCUCCAGAAGAAGAACAUAGAUGCAGUCCACAUCAAAGGGAGCAUCCAGCAGUUUGAACAGGACAUACAAAACAUCAGAAAUUCUCGCCAUUCCAUGGGUGAGCAAAGCAGUGGUUCUCUGACAGCAAAGAGGCGUCGGGUACUCAGUUCAGAGGAUCGUCAAAAUGUUGCAGAAGAGAUCUGCAACACCAUUCUGGGACACACCAGGGAGCUUUUCUCCUUCACCGACCAUCUUGUCUGUGCAACCUUGCUGCAGGGGGACAGGUUUGAGGACCAUCAGGGGGCAUUUCCUGAAGAGACACUACAAAGCACGCUGAAGGCCUACAAAAUGCUGAAUGGAAGAAAACUGAAGACAGAGCUCAGUCUCAUCUACAGCAAAGUAGAGUUCAGAGCCUGUUGUGGUGCAGUGGACCUGUUCCAGCUGUUCAUGGAAAACAAUCUUGAAGAUGUCUUUUCAGAAACUGUCACUCUCUUAAAGAUCCUCAUCACCACACCCAUGACCACAGCUGAAGCAGAGAGGUGCUUCUCAACCUUGAAAAGAGUGAAAACCUUCCUCAGAAACACCAUGACCCAGGAGAGGCUGAAUGCACUGGCCAUGCUCUCCAUGGAAAAGAGACUUGUUUGUGAAAUGACAGAUUUCAAUCAGAAAGUCAUUGAAAAAUUUGCUGGCCUGAAGGAGAAGAGAGCAAAAUUUAUGUUCAAGUAGUUUAUUGUUGUGUUGUAAUCCCCGCCCGCCAG